AUGCUCCACGAAAUACUCCUCUCGCUCUCGGGACACCCCUCCGCGCUGUUCGAUCCCCACCAAGGACAUUCGCACGUGACCUCGAAGCCGAUAACUUUACUUUCGCCGCCCGAAGCGGAACUCCUGGCUUCAUUGGGCCAUUUGUCGCGUCUUCAUCGCCGAAUUCGCGACCAUGCUGCCCGAAUCGCAUCUUUGCAUCCUUCGACCGUGUGCCGAGCCGUGGCCACGGCAAUAUCCUCGCAUCAUCUAGACAGAUUCCAACGGAAGGUCCUAGACGUCGAAGCUAGCAUCCUCAAGCUAGAUGCGUCUAAUGUGGGCGCUUACAACAUCGUUCCUCUGGCCGGCAUCGUCGGCGAAUUCUCGGAGUGGACAAGACUAUUGGAGUGGCUAUGGGGCAUCAGCAACUUCACGUUGGCGUCUGACGUCUCGGAGAGAGGCGAACAGAGAGGCUCGGAGGUUGCAUCGGGUGCUGAGCUCAUCGAUAAGUUACGUACUGAAGCCCAAACUGGGUAUCCUGACAUCGAAGAAGCAGCCCUCCAUCUUGGUGCCGUUGCGGAGACAUCUUGGCUGCGACAGCUCUCAACUUGGCUCUUGUAUGGUCGCCUGCCGGCAUUUGGGGCGUCUGACUUCUUCAUCGAGGACGAGUCUGACGAAGACCUUGAUUUCUCUGUGAACCACAAACUAUUACCAAAGUUUGUGACUCGGCACACGGCGUCUUCGAUCUUGUUCAUUGGCAGAUCGCUGAACCAGGUACGGUCUCUACCAGUCAACUCAAGGUCAAUGAGUGGAAAAUCGUUCGGUGUCUCAGAAAUGGAGUUGUUACCUGCACAUGUAGGACAUCUCUCCGAGGUCAAAAUCCCCAUAUUGUCGGCGAAGCUGUCUGAAGCCGUGGCCAACAUUCGUCUAUCCCUUUCACGGAACUUGCUGCAGCAUUUGCUGCCCCAGGAGAAGAUUGUCGAGAUCUUGACUGUUCUACAUCAGUUCUUCCUUCUUGGUCGAGGUGAGUUCGCCAUGACUCUGAUUGCAGAGUCCGACGAGAAAACGCAGUCUCGCCACAAAGCGCCAGUGCAUCAAAAGCUCUCGCAGGGGGUUCAAGGCAUCUUACUGAAGGAGGGCGAGAUCACUCAAACUUUGGCGCGUUCAUUUACCGUGCUUUCAACGUUGGGUGGUGAUGACGAUCACACGGAUGACAUUCUGGAUGUUGCUGCUGAGGUAGUCCACCUCACUGUCAGCGAUUCCUCGAGCCACCGCCCUGGAACACCAGGGCGAGCUAGAGACCCCACGAAUAUCCUGCCCCGCAUAGCCAAUGUUGCGUUCAACGAUCUUCUUCUAUCUGUUCCGACGACACUGGCCAUGGAUGUGAAAUCGCCACUAGACCUCUUCAUGACCAAGACAGAUAUCGAAGUCUACUCAGCCAUCAACGCAUAUCUAUUAGCAUUUCGCCGGUCUCACCUCCACCUCUCUCAACUCUGGCGGAUCAGCUCCAUACGAAGGGAGUACCCGCCACCACCAGGGUAUCAAUACAGCAAUUCCCCCGAGGGAAAAGCCAUUCUUAAACGAAGGCGAGAGAGGAACAAUACUCGGACCCGAGAUUUAAGGAAAGUCUGGGCAACGUGUGCAGCAGCAAUCUUCUUCUUGUCAGAAGGCGAAGCCUACCUCCAAGGUGAGGUCGUGCGGGAGUCUUUUCAACACUUCUUGCAUUGGGUUGAGAAUCCCGGAACCGAAUCAGGACUGGAGCCAAAGAUGUCAAGCGGGUCUACACCCUCUCAAGUUCAUGAUUCGCAAGCACAAAAGUCUGAACAGCACGAUCCUGAGGCUCUUUCUCUCGCACACCGCCGCUUUCUCUCAUCGAUCACUUAUUCGCUUCUUUUGACCGACCAUGCUUUCGCCUCGACUCUUCGCACUUGCUUUGCGCACGUUGACGAGUUAGCAGCAUAUGUUACGCGCCUGCAAUCUAUCCAGCAGAAUCUUGACCUAGAAGAAGACGAAGGCUUUGAAGAUUACAAGCACAAUUACCAUCAGGAGGAAAGGGACGUAAAGCUGGAGCUGGAUCGUUCACGACGACGUCUAGAUUCGGAUCUGAAGACUCUGGUGGGACGAUUACGAGAGAUCGAUUCCGAACGUGUAGGGGUCGGUAGGACUGGCAUCGUAGGCAAAGAAGCUGUGGCCAGUAGGGAUGAGUAUGAACCAUUGAAAGUUGGGGGAGUGGAUCGGUUGCUGAUGAAGCUCGACUGGAGUGGAGAGGAAGAGGAAGAGGAGGUUGAGGACUUGGUCUGA